AUGCAAGGAGCGCGACGAAGAGGCAGGAUCAAGAUGGAGGAAGUAGAGGAUGAGAUGGUGAAGAUGGGUAGGGGUGUGUUCCGUGUUCAGCCCUACCCCAGGGACAUCCGAGCCCCACCCCCAGUGUCUCCAGCCCUACCCCAGUGUAAGGUCUUCCAGUGUGUGUCCAGUGUGUCUUUCGACCAGCAAAGCCCAGCCCUACCCGCAGGUCUCCAGCCCUACCCCAGCCCAGUGUGCUCCAGCCCCACCUCCAGUGUGCCUUCCAGCCCCACCCCAGUGUUCUCCAGCCCCACCCCAGUGUGGCAGAAGUUCCAGCCCCACCCCCAUCCGCAGCCCUACCCCAGCGGGGUCAUCUCCGCAGCCUCUACCCACCAGUGUGUCUCCAGCCCCACCCAGGUGUUCCAGCCCACCCCAGGGCCUCCAGCCCCAACCUCAGCCUCUACCCCAGUGUUCCAGCCCCACCCCAGUGAACACUCCAGCCCCAAUCCCACAGGCCUCCAGCCCCACCCAGUGUAUCUCCAGCCCCACCCCAGUGUAGUCCCAGCCCCACCCCAAAGCCUCCAGCCCUACCCCCAGGGUAACUUCCAGCCCCACCCCAGUGCAACACUCCAGCCCCACCCCAGCAGACUCCAGCCCCACCUACAGUGUAUCCUCCAGCCCCACCCCCAGCGUAUCUCCAGACCCCCACCCCCAGUGGUGGAUGUCCAGCCCCCACCCCAGGUGUCUCCAGCCUCCCACCCCAGUGUCUCCAGCCCCACCCCAGUGUGUAUCUUCCAGCCCCACCCCCCAGUGUAUCUCCAGCCCCACCCCCAGUGUGUUCCGUUCAUAGACUUCCAGCCCCCCCAGUGUGUGUCUCCAGCCCCACCUCUUAGUCCCUACUCAGUGUGGAUCUCCGGGAGCCCCCCACCCUGUGCUCCAGCCCUACCCCAGCAAAGGCUCCAGCCCUACCCAGUGUCCAGACCCCCUGUCCAGCCCCACCCCAGUGUUCUCCAGCCCUACCCCAGGGCUCCACCCCACCCCCGGGGUCAGCCACCCCAGGAGUGUCACCUGUCUCCACCCCACCCCAGCGUUUCCCAGUGUGUUCCCAGCCCCACCCCAGUGGCAUCCAGCCCCACCCCAGUGUGCUCCAGCCCCACCCCAGGUCUCCACCCCUACCCCAGUCCAGCCCACCCCAGCAGUUGUCUCCAGCCUACCCCAGUGUCCAGCCCUACCCCAGUGUCUCCACCCCACCAGUGUCUCCAAACCCCCACCCCAGUGUGUCUCCAGCCCCCCCAGUCUCAGCCCUACCCCAGUGUGUCCAGCCCCUACCCCCAGUGUGUCCAAGCAGCCUACCCCAGUGCCUCCAGCCCCACCCCAGUGUACCUGUCCCACCCCAGUGUGUCUGCCCUACCCCCAGUGAUCCCAGCCCUCACCCCCAGUGUGUCUCCAGCCCCACCCCAGUGUGCUCCAGCCCCUACCCCAGUGUGUCUCCAGCCCCCUCCCAGUGUGUCUCCAGCCCCACCCCAGUGUGUCUCGUGUCUCCAGCCCUACCCCAUGUCUCCAGCCUACCCCAGUGUCUCCAGCCCUACCCCAGUCCCUACCCCAGUGUCUCCAGCCUACUCCCAGUGUCUCCAGCCCCACCCCAGUGUGUCUCAGCCCUACCCCAGUGUCUCCAGCCCUACCCCAGUGUCUCCCAGCCCUACCCCCAGUGUGUCCAGCCCCACCCAGUGUAUCCCCAGCCCUACCCCCAGGUAUUCCCCAGCCCCUACCCCCAGUCCCUACCCCAGUGUUCGCCAGCCCUACCCCAGUGUCUCCAGCCCUACCCCAUCCACCCUACCCCAGUGUGUCUCCAGCCCUACCCCAGUGUGUCCCAGCCCCACCCCAGUGUGCUCCAGCCCCACCCCCAGUGUCUCCAGCCCCUACCCCAGUGUUCUCUCAGCCCUGCCCCAGUGUGUCUCAGCCCCUACCCCCCCAGUGUCUCCAGCCUACCCCAGUGUCUCCCAGCCCUACCCCCAGUGUCUCCAGCCCUACCCCCAGUGUGUCCAGCCCCACCCCAGUAUCUCCAGCCCCACCCCAGUGUUCCAGCCCACCCCCAGUGUCUCCAGCCCUACCCCAGUGUGUCUCCAGCCCUACCCCAGUGUGUCUCCAGCCCCUACCCCAGUGUCCCAGCCCUACCCCAGUGUCUCAGCCUCCAGCCCUACCCCAGUGUGUCCCAAGCCCCUACCCCAGUAUCUCCAGCCCUACCCCAGUGUGUCCUCAGCCCCACCCCAGUUCCCAGCCCUACCCCAGUGUCUCCAGCCCUACCCCCAGUGUCUCCAGCCCUACCCCAGUUGUCUCCAGCCCCUACCCCCAGUGUCCAGCCCCCAGCCCUACCCCCCAGUGUUCCAGCCCUACCCAGCAGAAUUUCUCAGCCCCUACCCCAGUGUGUCCCAGCCCACUCAGUGUAUCCCCAGCCCCUACCCCAGAAUGUAUCUCCAGCCCUACCCCAGUGUCUCCAGCCCUACCCCAGUGUACUCCCAGCCCCUACCCCAGUGUUCCAGCCCUGCCCCCCAGUGUGUCUCCAGCCCUACCCCAGUACACCAGCCCUACCCCCAGUGUGAUCCCCCAGCCCUACCCCAGUGUAUCCCCAGCCCUACCCCCCAGUGUGUCUCCAGCCCUACCCCAGUGUCUCCAGCCCUACCCCCCAGUGUAUCCCCAGCCCUACCCCAGUGUAUCCCCAGCCCCUACCCCCAGUGUCUCCAGCCCUACCCCAGUGUGUUCCCAGCCCUACCCCCAGUGUAUAUCCAGUGUAUCUCCAGCCCCUACCCCAGCCCUAAACCCUACCCCCAGUGUCUCCCUACCUGGUUUUUUGUCUGCUGCGCUGCCUUGCUCUCUGCUGCUGGACUGUAG